AUGAGGAUCCCCACCAGCCGAUUGUUUCACCAAUUGCUCUUAGCCAUCACUGUUUUCCAUCUGCGCUUGAACAUAAACAACAUUUAUUUCAUAGGUGCUUUGUGUCAGAAAUCGGCCUUCAAAAACCGUCCGGCUGACCUGCCAGAAAUGCCCCCCUGCAGUUUCAGUCCAGAUGAAUAUGUGGGAAUGUCAAAAGAACGGAUGAUGGAGAUCCGCAGACAGAAUUGCAAUCCAAUGACCAUGAAGGUGACUUAUUAUAAGAAACCAGUCUUCAUCCACCAGGGAUACAUGCAGUGGCUGUGGGACGUGGAUGGGAGGCGAUAUCUGGAUUUGUUCGCUGGUGUGGCUACAGUCAGUGUGGGCCACUGUCACCCGAAAGUAACAGCGGCUGCAGAGCAGCAGCUGAGAAAACUCUGGCACACCACAAGCAUCUAUGUGUAUCCUGCGCUGCACGAGUAUUGUGAAAAGCUGGCUUCUUAUUUCCCAGAUCCUCUGAAGGUGAUCUACCUGACCAACAGCGGCUCUGAAGCCAACGACUUAGCCAUGCUGAUGGCUCGACUCCACACUGGAAAUUUUGACAUUAUCACUUUCAGAGGAUCCUAUCAUGGUGGCAGCCCACAAACCAUUGGACUCACUUCCAAUGCAGCUUAUAAGUAUCCCAUCGCCAAUGGCUUGGGCUGCACAAAUACCAUGUGUCCCGAUGUGUUCAGAGGUCCAUGGGGAGGAAGCCACUGCAGGGACUCUCCUAUACAGACUAUCAGAGAUUGCAGCUGCGCUCAGGGCCACUGCAUGGCAAAUGAGCAAUACAUCGGACAGCUCAAAGAGACAUUUGCUACGAGUGUUCCAAGCAGAAUCGCUGCUUUCUUCGGAGAGCCUAUCCAGGGAGUUGGAGGAGCUGUCCAGUACCCAAAAAACUACCUGAAGGAGGCUUACAAACUGGUUCGAGAGAGAGGAGGGAUCUGCAUUGCUGAUGAGGUCCAAACAGGAUUUGGGCGGACAGGAAGCCACUUUUGGGGUUUCCAGGGGCAUGAUGUCAUUCCUGAUAUGGUUACAAUGGCAAAGGGCAUCGGUAAUGGAUUCCCCAUGGGAGCUAUUGUUACAACCCCAGAGAUUGCAGCCUCUUUUGCGAAGGGCGUUCAUUUUAACACAUUUGGAGGAAAUCCUGUGGCUUGUGCCAUUGCUUCAUCAGUGCUUGAUGUUAUUCAAGAGGACGGCACACAGAAGAAUAGUCUCGAUGUGGGUACCUAUUUGAUGACCCAACUGGCAAAAUUCAGAGACAAAUAUGAGAUCAUCGGCGAUGUUCGUGGGAAAGGCCUGCAGAUUGGUGUAGAGAUGGUCAAGGACAAGGCCAGCCGAGAUCCACUGCCCCCUGAGGCCAUGGCUGAGAUCUUUGAAGAUAUCAAAGACAUGGGAGUCCUGAUAGGCAAAGGAGGAGUAUAUGGACAGACUUUCCGCAUCAAACCUCCUAUGUGCAUCACAAUGAAAGAUGCCGAGUUCUUCUUGGCUGUUUUUGACAAAUCAAUCCACAACUUCAUGGAAAAAAGAUGAAAGCCAGAUGAAUGUCAGAUGGAUGGUUCAUUGCCAAGGACCAACCCUGGAGACUUGUUCUGCAGACGAUCACAUUCAUUGUACAUUGUUAAAAUGGAAAAUGUCAGUAUUAGUUAGUACGAAUACUACCUCUGUUAUUGCCCUCAUAUAGCCUUCGUGAGAUAAUUAUGCUAUAUUAUGAUUAUGCUUAACUUUUCUGUAAUUACAACAUUGUGAAUAUGUGUUUUAAAAUAAAGUCUAAUUAAUCUCUGGUUUCCAGUUUGACUAUUUUGUAAUACAACACAAAUCCUGUCAUCUGGGCAAACAGUUUUUUUUUCAGUUCAGUUCUGAAUAAGAUCCGACAAAUCACCCGGGAAUCGAUUAUUCUCAACAGGACAACAGGGAAAACAAUUUUUACUGAAAUGAUAAAAGUGCCAUGUACAUGACGGAAAUUGUUUGAGGAGUUUUUUAUUUGAGGUCAGAAAGCUUCUCUCUUUCCAUCUGUUAGUAAUGUAAAAAAACAUCCUGUUUCUUAUGACAAAAUAUUUUACCUAUGUUUAAUAAUGAAAAUGAUCUAUUUGAUGAAGCCUGAACAAAUGUGAGCUUCAACUUGCUCGACUGACUGCAUUCAUCCAUCUACCACUGACUCCAAGGUGGACAUAACAUCCUCUGGGUCAUCCAGCAGGCAAGAACCAGUAUCAGCUACCUGUACUUUAAUGAUCGGAUGCCUCUGGUUACAUAUUCAUCUGUGUGACGUUGUAAGGAAAUCAAGGUGGUUUGAUGGAAUCAGAGAGCUAUUGGCUGCAGCACGCCCACCCAUCAUCUUAGAAAAAGCCUGAAGCUUCUGAUGAGUGUGAGACAGAUAAGGGAGUAAACUAAGGGAUACUGUGGUCACUCUGUACUUGCUUAAUAUGUAUAAAGUGGUGCCUUUCCUAAGUGGCCGCUGCGCACUUUUAACAGGACAGUUCAGCUCUUCUCCCAGAUCGGCCAGCUUUCACCUGGAAAGUGGUGCAGUAUGUCAGAAAUCGGCUUUCAAAUACCAAUCAAACAUCCCAGAGAUGCCUGCAUGCCAGUUCCAACCACAGGAAUAUAAGGGUAUGUCCAAAGACCAAAUGAUGAAGAUCCGCAAGGAGAACUGCAACCCCAUGACGACGAAGAUAACUUACUACAAAAAACCAGUGUUCAUCCGCCAGGGAUACAUGCAGUGGCUGUGGGAUGUGGAUGGGAAAAGAUAUUUGGAUUUGUUUGCUGGCGUGGCUACAGUUGCUGUCGGCCACUGCCACCCGAAUGUUAGAGCAGCAGCAGAACAGCAGAUGAAAACACUGUGGCACACCACUAACAUCUACGUCCAUCCAUCCCUCCAUGAGUAUUGUGAAAAACUCGCCUCCCACUUGCCAGAUCCUCUCAAGGUUAUUUAUCUAACCAACAGUGGCUCGGAGGCCAAUGACCUGGCAAUAUUGAUGGCUCGGCUCCACACGGGAAACUUUGAUAUACUCACAUUCAGGGGCUCAUAUCACGGUGGAAGUCAGCAGACCAUGGGUCUUACAUCCAACUCAUCCUAUAAAUAUCCUAUUGCCACAAGUUCAGGAUGCACACAUACCAUGUGUCCUGAUGUGUUCAGAGGUCCUUGGGGAGGAAGCCACUGCAGGGACUCACCUGUGCAGACUAUUCGUGGGUGCAGCUGUGCUCAAGGACAUUGCAUGGCAAAUGAGCAAUACAUCGGACAGCUCAAAGAGACCCUUGCUACAAGUGUUCCAAGCAAAAUUGCUGCUUUCUUUGGGGAGCCUAUUCAGGGAAUGGGGGGAGCUGUGCAAUACCCCAAAAACUACCUGAAGGACACUUACAAACUUGUUCGAGAAAGGGGGGGGAUCUGCAUUUCUGAUGAGGUUCAAACCGGAUUUGGCCGGACGGGAAGCCACUUUUGGGGAUUCCAAGGACAUGAAGUACUUCCUGACAUGGUUACAAUGGCAAAGGGCAUCGGUAACGGAUUCCCAGUAGGAGCUGUUGUUACGACACCAGAAAUAGCUGCAUCCUUUUCAAAAGCCUCCCACUUUAACACCUUUGGAGGAAGUCCUUUGGCCUGUGCUGUUGCUUCAUCUGUGCUGGAUACUAUAAAAGAAGAUGGCUUGCAGCAGAACAGUCUGAAUGUGGGCACACAUCUGAUGACAGAACUAGCUAAACUUAGAAAUGUGCAUGAGAUCAUUGGUGACGUUCGAGGAAAAGGCCUACAGAUUGGUGUGGAAAUGGUCAAAGACAAGGCCAGCAAAGAGCCACUGUCUCCUGAUGCAAUGAGUACUAUCUUUGAGAACAUCAAGGACAUGGGAGUCCUUAUUGGAAAAGGAGGAGUGUAUGGACAGACCUUCCGCGUUCAGCCCCCCUUGUGCAUUACCAGGGAAGACGCAGAUUUCUUCGUGGCAGUUUUUGAUCGA